GGUAUGCCUCGGAGGAAGAAGAACGGCCAGAGCCCGGCCAGGCAGCCCGCUGGGCCACCAAAGUUAGGAAGCCUCGGCGACAACACGAGUUACCCACCACUGCCACACAGAUCAUACAAUAUCGCCAUGGCUAGCAACUUCCAACCCGGCACCACAUUGAAGACCAGCAGCGCUGAUAAGGAGAAAAUCGUUAAAAGUAUGCAGGAGAUGUUUUCACACCUGGACCCAGAUGUUAUUCACAUCGUGCUGUCUGAAUGUGACUAUAAAGUUGAAAAUGCCAUGGACUCUUUGCUGGAACUGUCUGUAGCAGCUGAAGUUUUAACCCCGAAUCCUCCUCCCCCUCCUUUUGUUUCUGGCUUUGAGCACACUGCUGCAGCCUUGCUCAGCCCACAUCACUUUUCCGAACCACAACCAGACGACGCACACUCGCCACCGCCGUCCUCCUCGCCUCUGUCCACCAGCCUGCUGACUGAAGAGCUGGACCUGCUUAUUGAUCAAGAGUUAGAGACACUAGCUGCACAGCAAGACGUCGAGGGAGAGCAGUGCACUGCCGAAGCACCGCUCUCCUCCUUCCCUCCACUACCUGACCAUCAGCAGGCACUUCCAGAGCUGCUUCGAAGCAGCCUGGAGGCUGGAACUGGAGAACAUGUCACUGAUCAGCCGUCACUGUCCGGUGGCUUGGUGGAGCAUUUGUCUCUAGUUUCCUCUCCACUCAACCAGCUCCACAUCAGCAACGAUCAGAUCCCAGAGGCACAGACAGAUGUUGUGGAUUUCACACACCUGGUGACAGAACUGUCUCCAGACAAGCCCAAGCCUCCUUUGGACCUAGCAUCCUCAGGACGUCCCUCAGCUUUCCAGGUGUAUAAAAAGCAGGAAGCUCUCUCAGAAGGGCUCACAGACACCGAUUCAGCAGUCAGCGGAGCAAGAUCUAAAGUGAAUCUGCUAUGUGGCAAUCCACUCAACUACAUGCCACCACCCUGGAACUUGGUAGCUCCAACGAUUUCUCCUCAAAUCCAUGGAAACCAGAGACCGGCCUUCAUCACCCCUGUAGCCCAGGCACCGUCCGUUUGGCUCAGUCAUACCAGGCAUGCCUCUCCUUGGCUGUGUCAGGGCCCUUUCAGUCAAGCACCUCUUAAGCCUUCUGCCGCUAUUCCAAAAUCCUGGGCCCUGACUGCUCCUGGACCGGCUCCUGCUCGUCUCAGCAGGUUGUAUUUGCAAGGGAAGGUGUUGGUGCUGCUUCGUGGCCCUCCCGGAUCUGGCAAGUCAACCUUGGCAAGAGCUCUGUUGGACCAUAACCCAGGUGGAGUCAUACUAAGCACAGACGACUAUUUCAUCCGCGGUGGACAGUACUGGUUUGACCCUUCUGUGCUGGGAGAAGCCCACGAGUGGAAUCACAGACGAGCCAGGGAGGCUUUUGAGAGGGCCGUCAAUCCGAUCAUUAUUGAUAAUACCAACAUGCAGAGCUGGGAGAUGAGACCCUAUGUAGCUCAGGCACUGAGACAUGCAUAUAAGGUGCUGUUCAAAGAGCCAGACACCUGGUGGAAGAACAAGCCCAGAGAACUGGAGAGACGCUCCACACAUUCCGUGCCAGUGGAGAAAAUCCGCUACAUGCUGAAUGGAUACGACCGCUUUGUCACCGUCCAGUCUAUUAUGGGCUCACACAUGCCUGAGGGUAAACAGCGCUUUCUUCAGGAGAACAGAUGUGCACU